AUGCCAUUACAACACUCGCCGAAGAAGGUCAUCGAUCAACAACAAGCAAAUACAUGGGAAACAUUGCAAACUGAUAUAAACCCAAUUGACGAAACAAUGACAACCAGCAAAGAUCACAUUUUACCACUGGGAGACAUUUCUGCAGUAUUCGCCUCCGUGGAAUCCGUAGCCAACAUUAAAAUCCCACCAUUUUGGAAACAUGAGCCGAGCUUAUGGUUCAUACAAGUGGAAUCAAUGUUCCAAACCAGCCGUAUCACUAGUGAUUCAACCAAAUACAACCAUAUAGUCAGUUCAUUAGACGCUGAGACUAUGAUGGAAGUUGCAGACAUACUGCGUAACCCACCAGGAGAAGGAAGGUACGUACAAUUAAAAACAGAAAUAAUCAAACGGUUCUCUGACUCCGCAGAUCAACAAUUGCACAUGGCACUUGCUGAAGUCCAAUUGGGGGAUAAGAAGCCCAGCCAAUUAUUAAGACAAUUACAGUCCCUGGCUGGUAACCGAGCAUCAGAAGAUGUGCUCCGCGUGAGAUGGCUGGCAUUACUACCACCAGCCAUUGUACGGUGCUUAAAGAUUCUCCGAGCAGCCUCACUCAACGAGCAAGCGCAGCUGGUUGACGAACUUAUGGAGAACCAUUCCGGUCCAUUCAUCAUGGCAACACAUCCAUCAGGCAGCCGCUCUGUAUCACCAAACCACCGUUUCACUGACACGGUCUUAACUAACCUGGCAAAGGACAUGUCUGCCAUGAAACACACCAUGCAUGAGCUAGUGACUCAAACAAAAGAACUGUCGCGAAUACUGAGUCGCAGCAAUUCACAUGGGUCACAAUGUGGUAGGAGUAGACAACGCUCACAUACCAGAGAAACCUCACCAUCACCAGGUAGUGAGUGCUUCUACCAUCGCAAAUACGGUGGAAAUGCAAAACAUUGCACAUCACCUUGCACAUUUAACACCACCAACAAUCAGGGAAACUAG